CGACCUACCCACGAGAACAUGCCUCUCGCAAAGGAUCUCCUUCAUCCCUCUCCAGAAGAGGAGAAGAAACACAAGAAGAAACGCCUGGUGCAGAGCCCCAAUUCCUACUUCAUGGAUGUGAAAUGUCCAGGAUGCUAUAAAAUCACCACGGUCUUCAGCCAUGCACAAACGGUAGUUUUGCGUGUUGGCUGCUCCACUGUCCUCUGCCAGCCUACAGGAGGAAAAGCAGGGCUUACAGAAGGAUGUUCUUUCAGGAAGAAGCAGCACUAA